AUGAGCGUGCGACUAGACAAGACACAGACCAUAGUACAGCAUAUCCUGCGGAAUAUCUCGACCCCAAGGCGAUUUCCUCCAGGAGUCAACUGCACCGCCACAAAGCCGCUAUUCGUUGGUCUGUCGGGACCACAGGGCAUAGGCAAAACGACUCUGACGAACAAGCUAGUCGCAGCGCUAUCAGGAGCGCCGCACAACCUACGUGUUUUUGCCUUUUCCACAGACGAUCUUUACCUCCCAUUCAAAGACCAACAGGCACUCAGCCAACGGUAUCCUGAUAAUAAGCUGAUCGAGUUUCGGGGCCUACCAGGAACACAUGAUGUCCAAUUGGGCGCAGACACAUUCCGCGCGCUGUGUGAGGCGAAUCAAUUGGCGCCCAUCCGUUCUAGCCAGUCCGCUGAGGAACCCAUACAACAGCCUGCACCGAUUCGUGUCCCUAUCCCAACCUAUGAUAAGUCACUUCAUUCUGGACGGGGAGAUCAAGCUCCCAAGGAUCAAUGGCCACAGGCCGAGGCACCCUUUGACGUGAUCCUGUUUGAAGGUUGGUCACUCGGAUUUAAGUCGAUUCGUGAUCAGAGUCAUCUCCUGUCAAUCUAUCAGCAGCGCUCGACAUUCCCGCCGUACUAUCUUGCGGAGCAUCCGUUCUCGUCAUUAAAAGUGGUGGACCAGUUCUUGGAGGCCUAUGAACAGGAAUGGUAUAGUUAUCUGGACGUGUUUGUGCAUCUGUCGGCGCCAAAUCUUGCGACGGUGUUCAAGUGGCGAGCGGAACAGGAGAGGGAUCUAUGGGUGAAGAAGGGAGCAGGGAUGACGGAGGAGCAAGUGAAGGAGUUUGUGUCAAGGUUUAUGCCCGCGUAUGAGGUAUAUUUGGAGCGACUUCUGCAGGAGAGCUUAUUCAAGGAGAACGAGACUUCUUCUGGGACUCGCUCGACAGGACGACAUUUGAGGCUGGAUCUGGAUGAGAACCGAGAUAUCGUAUCAACGACAUUGGUCGAAUAG